AUGUCGGCCCAAGCCCUCAAAGAGAAUCGACUGUUUAUCAAUGGCGAAUUUGUCCCUUCAGUCUCUGGCAAGACCUUUGAUUUAACCAAUCCUACCACAGAAGAGAAUAUCGCGUCCGUCUAUGAAGCCGGUGCUGAGGAUGUAGACCUCGCUGUCAAGGCUGCCAAAGCCGCGUUUCCAGCCUGGUCCGCUCUCUCAGCUGAGGAGAGGUGUGAUUACUUGAUUAAAUUGGCCAACGAAAUCGAGAAGAAUGAAGAGUUGUUUAUGCAUCUGGAAGCUAUUGCCAUGGGCAUGCCGCAGUCUGGAACUAAAUACCUCUAUAUCAGCCUUGGUGGCAUGCAUCUCACUAACAAGAAAACAGUUGUUGUUCAACUUGCAAAGCGAUAUCUGAGAUACUUCGGAACCCAUGCCAUUGACAUCACUGGAGAAACAUCUCUCAAUACCACUGGAUAUAUCAACUUGUCCAUCCGUCAGCCGUACGGCGUAUGCGGAGGCAUUAUCCCUUGGAAUGCCCCAUUGUUCAUGAUUGUCACCAAGCUUGGGCCGGCUCUGGCGGCUGGCAACACUAUGGUGGUAAAGUCAUCAGAAAAAUCCCCCUUCGCGUCGAUCGUCGUGGGUCUUUUGUGCCAGAACAUCGGCCUUCCCAAGGGUGUUUUGAACAUCCUGAAUGGGUUUGGUCGACCUUGCGGUGAGGCCAUCGCUAAGCACAUGGAUAUCAGAAGGAUCUCGUUCACGGGCUCGGUUGCCACUGGACGAGCCAUCCACAAGGCCUCUGCCGAGUCUAACUUGAAAGACGUUAGCUUGGAGCUUGGUGGUAAAAGCCCUUUGCUUGUUUUCGACGAUGCACCUCUCGAGAAGACUGUCAUGGCUGCUGCCUUUUCAAUCUUGUACAACUCGGGCCAAGUCUGCAUGGCUAGCACCAGGAUCUACGUGCAAGAUGGGAUUGCUCCCAAUUUUAUUGAAGCUCUAAAGGGCGCAUUGACGGAGCUGGGUGUACCAGGAGAUCCCUUGCUUGCCAGCACCAAGCGCGGGCCACAAGUUGAUAAGCUACAAUUCGAUCGCGUCUUGUCUUUCCUUGACCACGCAAAGGAAAAGGGUUACGACAUUGCACUUGGCGGUAACAAGGCUCUCGAUAAGGGCUACUUUGUGGACGCCACAAUCGUUCGCGAUGUGCCAGAGAACGACAAGUUGAUCAGAGAGGAGAUUUUUGGACCUGUUCUCGUCAUCAACACGUUCACGGACGAAGACGAGGUCUUGAAUAAGGCCAACGAUACCGAAUUUGGUCUAUACUCGAGUGUUUUUACGUGUAACCUUUCACGGGCCCUGAGGGUUGUCAAAUCACUAGAGGCUGGUGCUGUUGGGGUGAACUGUACUAGUCCAUUCAUGGCUAUUGACAUGCCGAUGGGUGGCUGGAAGCAGAGUGGUGCGGGAGGUCGUGAGUUUAGCAAAGCGUGCUUGGAGACUUGGACCCAGUUGAAGUCUGUGUUCAUCUCCUUAUAA